AAACAGUAAAUGCAGCCACACUAACUUCGCGUUCCAGCACAUGUUUAUUAUUUUGUUGUAAAUAGAAUUAAAUUAAUUAUGUUGGCGCCAAUUAAGCAUGUUUUGGGCAACUACCGGAUAGUUUUGGCGAGCGGUUCUCCAAGGAGACAGGAACUGGUCAAAAUGCUGGGCCUCAACGCGGAGCUGUGUCCCUCGACCUUCGAGGAGAACCUCAAUCUGGAAGACUUCAAGGAAUUCUCGGAUUACAUAGAGGCCACAGCUCUGGGCAAAGCAGAGGAAGUAUUCUCCAGAUUGAGCUCUUCGGGGGAUAAUAAGAAUCUUGUAGUCAUAGCUGCGGAUACAAUGGUGACUUUGGGAAAGGAGAUCUAUGGAAAGCCCAAGGAUGCCGCUGAUGCUAUUCGCAUGCUGACCAAUUUGUCUGGAACAUCAAAUCGUGUAUUUAGUGGCGUUGUGCUAAAACAUGCCAAUGGUGUUCGUAAAUUUACUGACACGGCUGACGUUUACUUUGGCCAUUUGCUGCCAGAACAAAUUCAGAGCUAUGUGGACUCGAGGGAUCCAUUAGAUAAAGCUGGUGCCUAUGGCGUCCAGGGCCCUGGUGGCGCCCUUAUCCACCGUAUCGAUGGUGACUUUUACUGCGUGAUGGGCCUGCCACUGCAUCGACUGUGCUGUGAACUGAAUAAACUGUUUCUAGAGGAUCUCAGCCCAUAAGUGGCUUGUCAACGUCGCGCCCAACACAUACAAACUGUCUGGGAGUCUUGCGGCAAUAAGCGUCAGAGGCUACACACGCUCUGGUUAUUUUAAUCUUGGUUGAUAAGCGGCGCUGUAUCUCUCUCCGACUUUGCGUGGACUUGUUUGUUUUUUCUUUAUGGCUCAAGUCAAUUAAAAAUAAAAAUCAAAUAAUCGCGAGAAGAAAACCUAAAGAGAGAGCAAAGCACAGUGGUUAAAUUUUAAGUAAUAAUAAUUGUGAAUUUGUUGUUUAAGUUUGAGACGCUUCAAAAGAAUUUACAAUAAAAUUGUAACAUCUUAUUAUUAAAAGAGUAAA